CGUUCGCGUCUUGCAGUUCUGACUGAAGCGCCAUUCCUUCAUGCCCACCAGCUAGUUUUCUGAUGCCAUUAUAAUCGGGACGACGAGGGCGAAUACCUCUGCUUAUUGCUUUCUUUUGUACUCAUACCACUACAACUACAUUGCUUCAUAGCAAACCGCUUCGACCGAGCCCGCCGACGACGGUCAUAUAAACUACAACUCUGACCGAUCAGCCGCGACUGCGCAUUCACGACAAUGGGUUACUACAUCCUCUACUCAACACUCUUCCUCUUCCUCGCCAUCGCCACAGCAGCCUACUUAACCCGCACACACUGGCUCCCCCACCUCACCUCCCUCCCGACCCCCCGCUACAUCCCCCUCCCCUCCUUCCUCUCCGACGCCGAAUCCGGCCUCAGCAGCUCGACCUUCGACCUCAGCGCCAACAUCUCCUCUCUCGACUCUCGGUCUGGUCUCGACGACGCCGCUAAGACAGAGAUAAUGGGGAUUAUGAAGGGGAACUGGUGGAGGAGGGGGAUGGGGUUCGAUGAGGCGAGACGGGUGUAUAUGGAACGGAUGUUGGAGAGGGAGGGGAUUGGGAGGGAUGGGAGGCCGAGGGAUCCGAAGUUUGUUAGUUUUUCUUGAGGGGGGUUUGGCGUUGGGGGAAUGGGAAUGGGAACCGCGGUGCGGUGAUGGAUAUACACUCUCUUCUUUUCCUUUUUUGUUUGUAAGAGGCAGGCCGGCCAGAUACGUCACGGUGGCUCGGGG